AAUGUGUUUGCAGUUUGUCAGUAGCCGCAGGGCGUCUGCACGCUCAGCUUUUUCAGCCUUUAGCUUUUAGCGUCCGUUAAUGGACUUUAAAGUGUAGAAUAUAUGCAGGUACAAACGUUGAGCCGUUACGUGGCCCGUUUAAAGUAGAGUAACGGACUGCACAUUUUUAGGGUAGCAGCUAAAGAGCUAACGUUAGUGAGAGUGAGAGAGAGAGAGAGAGAGAGAGAGAGACACUGACACUGACACUGACACUGACUGACCGACCGACUUCCUCUACUGGAACAAACGACACAACUUUUGCCCUCACGGGUCGCUUUUUGGUCGUUCAGUGAGCAAAACAGGUGACCACAGCUCACGGUGCCUCAAGCUAUGGUUCUGAAGGAUGGAAACAGACGACGUGUCGCUUAGAGAGCAGCUGUUCCACGACCGCGUCCGAGAGAUCCUUAUUUGCGUGCAACUCUUUGUCUGCCUUUACAUCCUGUCCUACCUCAUCCUCACUCACUUCAAGAAGAAUGCAGAGUUUGUCACAGAUGAUAUUGAAGAUGCCACAGUCAACAAAAUUGCGCUGUGGCUGUGUACGUUUACUCUCUCAGUGGCCGUGUGUGCAGUACUUCUCUUGCCAAUCUCAAUCCUGUCAAAUGAAGUUCUGCUCACUUUCCCACACAGUUACUACGUGCAGUGGCUCAAUGGUUCUCUUAUACAUGGCCUAUGGAACUUGGUCUUCCUGUUCUCCAACCUCUCCCUGGUCUUUCUUAUGCCUUUUGCCUACUUCUUUACUGAAUCAGAAGGCUUUACAGGGUCUAAAAAGGGUGUCAUGGCCCGAGUUUAUGAGACUGCAGUGAUGCUGCUUCUCCUCACUCUGCUGGUGCUUGGCAUUGUGUGGGUGGCAUCAGCACUCCUCCAUGACAACACAGCCAGGGAGAGUCUCUAUGACCUGUGGGAGUACUACCUGCCCUAUCUCUACUCUUGCAUCUCUCUGUUUGGAGUGCUGCUGCUACUGUUGUGUACGCCCUUUGGAAUGUCACGCAUGUUUAGCGUCACUGGAAGCUUAUUGGUUAAACCACGGCUGUUGGAGAAUGUGGAAGAGACGAUGAACUGCGCUUUGUUCGAGGAGGCCUCUCUCUCCAGGAAGAUCAACAGUAACACCUCCUGCUGGCUGAGCCUGAAUAUGGAGGCGAUGAAGAGGCAGUUUGUGAGUGUGCAGUCUAAGCGCAUGGCUCUGGAGACACGGAAGAAAGCAUCACCAUGGCAACGUAACCUGGGCUACCCACUGGCCAUGCUACUACUCUUGGCUUUAACGGUGGUGUGUGUGCUGAUGGUGUGUUUUCACGUACUGGAGCUGCUUAUUGAUGAGUCUGCUAUGCCCAGAGGAAUGGAGGACCCCCAUCUGGGACUAGCAUCCUUCUCAAUGUUUGGCUCCCUAGGGGCUGCAGUGCAAGUGGUCCUUAUCCUGUAUUUGAUGGUUUCCUCAGUGGUGGGUUUCUACAGUUCACCUUUAUUUUGCAGCCUGCUGCCUCGCACGCAAGACACCACCCUCACACAGAUCAUAGUGAAUUGCGUAUCUCUUCUGGUGCUCAGCUCUGCUCUGCCUGUCUUCUCCCGCACUUUGGGAAUCACAAGGUUUGAUCUUCUUGGGGACUUUGGACGCUAUAACUGGCUGGGAAAUUUCCACAUAGUUUUCCUGUACAACAUGCUCUUUGCUGGUCUCACCUCCGCCUGCCUCAUCAACACAGUUACCUGGGCUGUGCAGAGGGAGCUCAUCCGUGCCUUCGGUCUCCAUCGGCUGCCUUUCACCGUGAACCGAUCUGCAAUACCCUUCAGGCUUUUACUGGCAAGCGGACUGUCGAAAAUCCAGUGAUGGCAGUUGACCUUUUUCAAGCACAUUAUUAGCCUUCGUCCUCUCUGGUGAAAGCUCUAUGUCUGUCUCCUGUUGGACCAGAGGCAUGCUCUGUUCAGUCAGUCAGCUAAUGAGUGAGCAGAUCACCAGAAGGCUGAUGGUGAGGAUCUGUGGUGCUUGCAUUCUGGUAGAGUUUCGUCAGGAAUGACCAUCUAAGGAGCCUCAUGUGUUUUUCUUCGUGGACUGCAGUUCUGUGGGAAUGCUGCAUGCGGUAAUACUGGGUUCCUCAAACAAGUUCAUAUACAAAGGGAUUGAAGCAAUCUUCAGUUUCUCUGAAGGUUGUGUGUUCACUCACUCUGAGCUAAUGCCUUAAUGAAAAAUGCACAGUGGCUUCAGAGGUGGGACUCUGAUGCAAAUCCAUCCACUAAAGCUAUUUCAGAGGAUGACAUAAUAAAACUUGACUGUGUUUUCCUUUUCCUGUUCGUGGACUGAGGGAGUUCAAUUCUGUACCGCUGAACCCCCAGCCCUUUCCCCUCGUGCACCACUAUUUUUAGACUUUGACCACCGAAGUCCCAUUGCUGUUUCUCAGUGGGUCCUAACUACUGUUCUGGAGGAAAGCAGUCACAGGAAGUCCAGUCUGAUGAGGGAGAAAAGCCAAAGGGUACGGCAUGACAGGAUUCUGUCAAUCAAAUGACAAUCAACUGGUUAAACUGGUAAAAUUUAUUUUCUCAGCAUUCUGAAAGUGAAAUAUUGGAGGCCUGUAUUGUGCGUACCAUAACUUGAGGAAAUAAUUUUUUAUUUUUUAUUUUUUAUUUUUUUAAAGGACCAAGAUAACUGUGAAUAAAUACACAUAUAUUAUUAUUUUUUUUCUCUCAUUUUGGCCACAACAUUAAAACCACCUUUUUAGUUUCUACACCCAUGAUCAGUUCCACUUACCGUACAGGUGCACUUUGCAGUUCUACAGUUAGCUUUAGACUGUAUUCCAUCUGCUUCUCUGCUUACUGUGUUAGCCCCCUUGUCGCUGCUUUUCAAAGGUCAGAACCCCCACAGGACCACCACAGAACAGGUUUUAUUUGAGUGGUGGGUGAUUCUCAGCACUGCAGUGACACUGACUCAGGUGAUUGUGUGUUAGUGUGUGUUGCGCUGGUAUGAGAGGAUUAGACACAGCACUGCUGGAGUUUUUCAACACCUUGGUGUUACUGCUGAACUGAGAGCAUCCUGUGACCACUGAACUAGACUGGUUUCAAAUCCUGGUAAUGGAGAGCUACCUUCCUGCAGAGCCUAGUUCCAAGCACACCUUGCCACACCUGCUCCAUCUGAUUAACCUCUUCCCAAGUCACUGAAUGGCUGGAUCACAUGUAUUGGAAUGUAUUGGUGAUUGUAUUGGAAUGAUCCACUACCCAAAUACUGGCUCUGUGGUGGUCCUGUGGGUAAACAAAAUAUGUAGAGCAACAAAUGGACUACAGUAUGUAACUGCAGAACUACAAUGUGCUGCUAUAUGGUAAGUGGAUUUGAUAAAACGGACAGUGAGUGUAAAAACAAGAUGGGUUUUUGUUUUUUUAGUGUUAUGGCUAAUCAAUUUUUAUUUACUGUAUUUUUAAGAUUCAACUGCAGUUCAAGUGCAAUAUUAUACUGUAUAAUGUGUUGGAUAUAAAAUAAUGGGUAAUACUUUACUGAAUGGAAACUUUCAUGACACUAAAUACAUAAGCUUAUCUUGUCAACUGAUAGAAACCUAUACAGACUUUUAUAAAGGCUCAUUCCAACAAGCGUCAGUUGAGGUGAAAUGAACAAAACUGACAAAGCAGCCUUUAUGUCAGCCGACAGACUCUUGUUUUUAUGAAUGUUUAUAUAGAUUUCUCAGUUGUGAUUAAGGCUUAUUAAGGUUUAUGCAGAUGUCAUGUAGCCUUACAAAUGCACCCUUUCAGUAAAAUGUCACCAAAUUAUGUAACAUGGCUGCCUCUUCUAGAUGCAUUCAGAUGACCUCUUUUAUGGGAUGUGGCAUCUAGUGAGGUUUACAGAGAAUGCAUGAAAAUGUUUUUAGAUAUAUAAAGGGGCAGACGCCACUUUCUCUGCUCUAGAUUUACCAAAUGUGUCUAUUUAAUACUUUUCAUUUUUAAAAAGUAUUUAUGUCCAUUCACUUUUUACUUCAUUUGCUGUAUCAGCAUGUUUUAAACAAAUGUUCUUUGUGUAAUGGCCAGAAGGGGACAGUGUAUCCUAAUCACAUUAUUCCUCAUACUCGUGGUUCCGUUAUAUUAAUUUGUUCUUGAUUUCUCCUCGUAAGGCAUUUUUGGUCUCUUCAGAUCACAGGGGCUUAUUAGGAAUGGGGUCAUGUUUUCUAGACUAGGCAUUUGUAUUGCAUGUUUUUGUUGUGAGAGAGAACGGACUUUUGAGUCAUGUUAAUUAGGGAUUACGAGCUUUGGAAAUGGUAAGAUUCUGUCUCUAUCCAAUUAUGUGAACGAUCCUUGAUUUAGGGUUUUUUUUUCCCUUUUUCCCUCUUAAAGGCAAAACACAAAGCUGAAGGAAUGUAAGAAGCAGUAACCAGGGUGAAUGUCUUAUAUUUAAAAAAAAAAAAAAAAUUUUUUGGCAUUUGAGUUUUUUUAAAAGAUUUUGUAAAUGUUAGUAAACCCAAUUGUACACUGUUUACAUUGUCUUAUAAUGUAGUUUGGAAUAACAUGAGUAAGAAUUGAGACAAAAAGAACAAUAAAUGUAUUUCUGUCUGCUUUUCUAAA